AAUUGUUAAAAUAUCUUUAAUUAUUUUAUUUUUGACCGUUUUGUAUUUUUAUUGUUAAUUAUUAUGGAAGAUUACGGGGAAAUUAAUUUAACCAAUCAAGAAUUGCAAAUGUUGUCGGACUUGGACAGUCGUAUGUAUGGCUUUUUGAAGUUGAAUGAUCCAAAAGAAGAAAAGAAAAAAACACUAGUUUUAAAAGCAAUAAAGUACCUUGAAAGAAUGUUAAUGCAAAUGCAGAAAGAAAAAUCAGAAGGUGAAUCUUCAAAAGCAAUCAACAUUGAUUCCAAAACGUAUUGCAAAUUAGGACAUUUUCAUUUAUUGUUAGAAAAUUAUUCUAAAGCAAUGUCUGCAUACCAUAAAUAUUAUAAUGACGCGGAAACUAAUCAUUGGAAAGAUGCAAAUUUUUUGUAUGGUCUUGGUCUUGUAUAUUUCCACUUCAACUCUUAUCAAUGGUCUAUUAAAUUUUUUCAAAAAUUGUUAUACAUUGACCCGAAUUAUCAGCGGGCCAAUGAAGUACAUCUUAGAUUGGGUUUGAUGUACAAAGUGUUUAAUGAAUGGGAAACUGCAUUAAAACAUUUAAAACAUGCAUAUUCAGAUGUCAGUUUAAGUACAUUUUCCAAACUUGAAAUAAGCUUUCAUAUAGCGCAUUUAUAUGAAGUUCAAGGUAAAUAUAAAUUAGCUAAAGAUCAUUAUGAACAACUCUUAAAUGAUUCAAAAAUUACUGUUAAUUUGCGUGCUGAUAUUUGUAGACAGUUGGGAUGGAUGUACCACAGUUGUGAAUGUCUAGGAGAUAAAAAUCAUCGAGAAACAAUUGCUAUUCAAUUUUUGCAAAAGUCUAUUGAAGCUGAUAACAAAUCAGGCCAGUCUCUUUAUUUACUUGGUCGCUGUUACGCAAGUGUUGGAAAAGUUCAUGAUGCAUUUAUAGCUUACCGUAAUUCUGUUGAAAAAUCUGAGGGAAAUGCAGAUACAUGGUGCUCUAUUGGAGUACUCUAUCAACAACAAAAUCAGCCUAUGGAUGCAUUGCAAGCCUAUAUAUGUGCAGUGCAAUUAGAUAAAGGUCAUAGUGCAGCUUGGACAAAUCUUGGUAUAUUAUAUGAAAGUUGUAACCAGCCUAAAGAUGCACUCGCUUGUUAUGUAAAUGCAACAAAAGGUAGCGCUGUAAGUGAAUCAUUGAUGAAAACAACUUUAAAUGUUCCAGCAUCUGCUAUGUCUAGUAUAAACCCUAACCUCGGGCAACGUAUUAAGUUUUUACAAACUCAUUUAUGCAAUGCUCCAAUGCCUAGUAUUACAAGCAAACGUCGUCAAUUACCUUCUAUUGAAGAAGCUUGGAAUUUACCAAUUUCUGCAGAAAUGUCUUCAAGACAACAACAGCAGCAGCAGCAGCAGCAACAACAACAACAAAAAAUUGUACAAACUCCUUAUCAAAAAUCUCAAGAAAUGAUAGCUACACCUCAUGGGCAGCCUCCUCCGUAUAACUCAUCUAAACCAGAAAAUGUUUUGGAAAAUAACACUAAACGAAUUAAAGUUGAGCCUCAAGCUGUUGGUAAUAGUAAUCAACAACCUGCAUUUUAUUUAAAUAAUCAACAAAUUCAAACUAUGAAUGUUCUUCAACAAAGCUCUCAUAGUUUGUCACAUCAGCAACAAGUUUUGUUGCAACAGUUGCAGAAUAAUUAUCGUUUGAUGCAACAACAUCAACAACAAAUGAGAAUUAAACAACAACAGAAUGGUCCUGGUCAACAAGGACAAUAUCAAAAUUCAUCAGUUAUUAAACAGUAUCCUAAUCAAAAUCGAGCAGAUACAAAAUCGUCAGAUUUAAUUGAUAGUACAAAUGAAAAUCAGGAAUUAGAUAGAGAAUUGCAGGCUCUUUUAUCGCAAAAAGAAUUAACUACUUCAUUAGCUGAAGAUUUGCUCAAACAGUUUGGUUCAUCAGAUGAAUUAGAUAUUAAAAAUGAAACUGAUAACACAACACCAUCCCAAGAAGUUAAAACUAUGCCUAGUGUUCAGUCAACUACUGAAAAUGUUGUUCGAUAUCAAGAUUCAAGUUCGUCAGAUUGUGAUUAUUCAUUGAAUUUAACUGCUGAAGAUGUUUUGGCAAUAGCUCAGAAAGAAACGGGACCAGGUAUGUGGAAUAGAAAUGUACUGAGUCCAAAUGGGCCUCCUCCUACUCCUCCAGAUCCUCCACCCCAACAGUUGACACGAGAACAAUUACUUCCAUCUACCCCAUCAGUUAUGCUAGAAAAUAAAAAAGAUGCAUUUAGUCCAAGACUACAAGAGUUUUGCUUAAAAAAUCCUAUUGCUGUUGUUCGUUGCUUAGCUGGUGCCUUAAAAUUAGAUUUGGGAUUAUUUUCUACUAGAUCAUUGGUUGAAACAAAUCCAGAUCAUUCUGUUGAAGUCAGAACACAAGUUAUGCAAAGCAGUGAUGAUAACUGGGAUGUUAAACAGAAUCGAAGAGGAUGGGCUUGUAUAAGCCAUCGAUCACAUACAACUAUUGCUAAAUAUGCUCAAUACCAAGCUUCUAGUUUUCAUGAAUCAAUAAGAGAUGAAAAAGAUGGUAUAACAAAUAUCCAUUCAGUUCCUAAUUCAAAUUUGUCAGACUCUGAUUCUAAAGAUUCAAUGACAAUGGAAAAAAAACGAAAAAAGAAUAUAAAUUUGCCUGGUGUUAAACCUCCUGCUGGUAGUAAGAUGCUUAAGUUUGGUACAAAUGUAGAUUUGUCCGAUGAGAAAAAAUGGCGACCUCAACUUCAAGAGCUUACUAAGCUACCAGCAUUUGCCAGAGUUGUUUCUGCUGCUAAUAUGCUUUCACAUGUUGGGCAUUCUAUUUUAGGCAUGAAUACAGUUCAAUUAUAUAUGAAAGUUCCUGGUAGUCGAACACCUGGACACCAAGAGAAUAAUAAUUUCUGUUCGAUCAAUAUUAAUAUUGGUCCUGGUGAUUGUGAGUGGUUCGCUGUGCCAGAUGCUUACUGGGGUGUCAUUAAUAACCUUUGUGAAAAGUAUGGAUUGAAUUAUUUACACGGGUCUUGGUGGCCUUUGAUUGAAGAUUUACUCGCAUCUAAUGUUCCUUUAUAUAGAUUUUUACAAAGACCUGGUGAUAUGGUUUGGGUAAAUUCAGGUUGUGUUCAUUGGGUUCAAGCAGUUGGUUGGUGCAAUAAUAUUGCAUGGAAUGUUGGUCCUUUAACGGCUAGACAAUACAGCCUUGCUAUAGAACGUUAUGAAUGGAAUAAGCUUCAAAGUUAUAAAAGCAUUGUACCUAUGAUACAUUUAAGUUGGAAUUUAGCUCGAAAUAUUAAAGUUUCAGAUCCAAGACUCUAUGAACUUAUUAAAAUGUGUUUAAUGUGUUCUCUGCGUCAAUGUGGUAUUACAUUGGAGUUUAUCAAAGUUAAGAAAAUACAAACCCGUUUUCAUGGGAGAGGCAAGAAUGAAGCUUCACAUUAUUGUCAUGAUUGUGAUGUGGAAGUAUUCAAUAUUCUUUUAAUCCGCGAACAAGAGAAAAAACACUGCGUUUAUUGUGUUAUCUGUGCAAAAAAGCAAUCUCCUAAUUUAGAAGGAUUUGUUUGUCUAGAAGAGUAUAAAAUGGCUGAAUUAAUAGAAAUCUACAAUAACUUUAUACUCCAUUGUCAUAAAACUAAACCUGUACUGCCACCUAGUAAUAAUACUGUAACACAAUUGACGUAAGUUACUGCAAUAAAAAAUAUAUAUAUCUAUAUAUUAUAUAUGCAUAUUAAAGUACUUAGAAGAUAUAAGUGUUUAAGUAUUUACCUAAUAUUUUAAGCAAUAAUUUCUAUAAACUUUAAUUUUGAACCAAGUUACAUUAGAGUUGUACAAUUAUGCGUACAUUUUUA